AUGGGAAAUACAGUGGGUGCUCCCAUUGUUUCAGAUUAUCUUGAGGAUGAAAUAGGACCGAUUGUAUCACAACAGUCGAUGGGUAACAGUAGAUUUCUAAAGACAUUGAAAGCUAUUCACGAUACUGAAGGUUAUGUAGUUGUUAAAAUAUAUAAAAAGAGAAAUGCAAGAGAAUCUUUAGAGAGAUAUAAAGUACAAUUAGAUGGUAUGUAG